CUGGAGAGGGCAUGACGCACAGAGUGGUGCUGCAGUUCCGCGCAUGCACACAAGUACAUGGUUCAGGGUGCGCAGCGUGGCAUGUCGUUUGCCGUUUGCCUCUUCAAGCUUUUCUGGCACAAGCCCAUCAGGCCUCCCCGUACCACUGCGAAAUUUUCGUGACAUGUUGCGGCUCUUUGCUUGUCUUCUGCUGACGAAUGUCUUCACCUUCAACGCCGAGCGCGCUGCCACUGAGCACUUGGCUGAUGUCGAGACUGGCGCAGCUGCCGCGGCUGAAGUGUCGGAGAAGAAGAUUGAAGAGCACGUGACGGCAGAGGCGUUUGACAAGGUGUUGAAGAAGGUUGCAGACCACGUGACUGCGGACAAGGUGGUCAGCAAGCAUUCUGAUGAGGCUGCCUCCAUUCUGAAGGGAUGCUGCGCAAAAUCCGGCGAAUCUUGCGGCCGGAGGAAAUCCUGGAAAUGUUACUGCAAGGACGGCGAGUGUGAGCGCUGCAGCUGCGUCUGAACUGCCAUUGCGUCUCGGCAUCUUGAAAAGGAGCGGCAUGUUGGGGAGAUAGGCGCAUGCGAAAAGUGGCUUUACAACCUGGCCCGAAUCCACAGCCCUGCAGCCUGAUAUUUUGUGUUGGAGGGCGGCUUGCCAAUGGUUGCCACAAGCGCAAGCAUGUUCUUUUCCCAUAAGUGUAACAGCUUAGAGUGUUUGGCAGGGAACUUUCCGGUCCGGCAGCUGAGCAGGGCGCUUUUCCCAUGCCGAAAAAUUGCUCCAAAACGCGGGAAAUACUGAGAAGCCAGGCCCCAAGUAUCAGACGGAUCAACUGCCAGUGCGUCUCACUCACGAAAAUUGGAGCGUCGUGGGGAGACCGGCCAACCAGGCGCUGUGCGAAAACCAGCGACGAAAGCCAGCAGAAGAUGCGCGGGUUAGCCCCAUGUGAGUGGCCAGGAAAAGGCGUGGAAAAAUGUGAAGGGCGGGAAAGGAACGCGCGUCGUGCACCUGGAAAUCGGUUCGUUUCUGCACCUGAUGUUGUUCAAAUUAUGCAGAGGUUACAUGGUUCCUGGAGGCUUUGAUGCUUCGAGUCUUUCUCAUUGGCUCCCAGGCGCAUGUCUGUAAGUUUCGGGGUGCGAGAUUGAAAGG